AUGGAGCGAGCUGCCAAUACAGUCUUGGGUACCGUCGAGCUUCUAGAAAAGAUCUUACUUCAUCUGGAUCCGAAGACGGUUUUCGUACUACAGCGCGUGUCUGUCAUGUGGCGGAACACGAUCAACCAGUCCAUUCACAUCAAGCGCAUGAUCUUCGUCGUAGCGGAUGGCAGCGUUGUGCGGCCUGUGAGCAUGUUGAGUGUUUCACGCUUGCCCGCUGUACCAGUGUACGCUCCAGACGUUUUCACGCGCAACAACUGGUUUGUCGUUUUCAACGCCAGCACGAAGUUCUUGCGGAGCUCUGGACUUCUGAUGGAGACAAGGGGACACUUCCGUGGUGGGGGCCGAAUCGAUAUCGACGCAAAAGGCAACCCGGACGGAGUCCGUUUCAGUCAGGCCAAUGCAGUCACUAUUGCUCGCGACAAGACGAACCGGCUCUAUGGGGAUCUCCUGGGUAGCGGAGUGUUCCGUUGCAGGAACGCUUCUUGGAGGCGGAUAUUGCUCACGCAGCCUCCGUGUACCUCGGUUCUUAUGGAAAUCGAAGUCAGUCCGCUAGCACGCUACACUGGGCAAGUGGCCAGCUUUAAGCGCGACCGCACGGUUCGUAGUCACGGCAUCACCCUCGGCGACCUGUUGAAUGGGAUGCAGGAACUCGUCCUAGACAUCUGGAAAGCGAAUGGACGUCUAAGACAUACGACGGACUUCGAUACGUUUAUGACUUGGUCCGUCUCAGAAGAGUGUCCGGCAGACGAAGUUCGAGACAGAGCUGAAGAGGACUGGGAUACCAAUGACGAGGAUUGGGCCGCUAAUUCCUGGUAG